CGCUGGCGGGUUGAGCGAAGGCAGAUCAGCAACAUUCGCCGAGCCGCAUGAUGAACUCCCUGCGAAUAUGGUUCUACAGACCGAAGAAGGAAGAUAAUUCAGCCCUUGCACAGUUCUACUGGGCCGAUCAAGAGCUCAAUCUUGUGGCUACCGAGUUGGACAGCUUUGACGGCCGAAAGGACCCAGAGCGAUGUUCUGCAUUGAUCAACCAACUUCGUGUCUGUCAGGAUAGGGUGCUAGGGAUUUGCAAUGACAUCAUGGAUGAAGCCAUCCCCAAUGCUCGAGCGAAUCGAGACUUCCGUGCAAAGUUUCCCGAUGAUGUGCUGCAGGAAAACAUGUCUGGCCUGCUUUGGUUUGGUGCUGAGUGUCUUGCUGCGGGCUCAAAUAUUAUGAACAGAGAGCAGGAGAGCUCUCAGAUGAGGCCAUUGGCGAGGGCUCUUACAAGGUCUUUGGACAAUGUUCGCUGCCUUUUACGGGAACAGUGCUUUCGAAACCUGCAUGAAUACCCAGAAAAGCUGAAAGAAUCAUUGAAGACAUUCGACAGGCUCUUUGCUGAGUUUGAAUUGAGUUAUGUGAGUGCUAUUUUACCUGUGAAAUCUGCCAAAGAAUACCACUUGCAGCAAGAAGUUGUGGUAUUGUUUUCAGAAACAUUGCAAAGAGCGAUUGAGGUGAGGCUAGUUCCCCAGGAGAUGGUGGAGACAUAUGAUCCAGCACUUAUGUUCACCAUUCCAAGGCUGGCUAUUGUUGCUGGGCUGGUGCUUUUUCCUGAUGGCCCUUUGAAUGUUGACAAGGACUCUUCAAGCCUUUCAGAAUUGUUUCGGCCAUUCUACAGUCUUCUAUGCAAAAUCCGGGAAUUGCUGUGGACUUUGUCACGGGAAGAGCUGUGGCUUCUAGAAAAACCUUAUGCCAACUUGAAGAGCCUAAAGCGUGUGUCACAUCAAAACAGUGGUCAUUUGGUACAGAUGAAUAUAUAGGACUGGACUC